UGCCACAAAUCCUAUCAUGACAGAAAUGUCAUAAUACUUCAUGUUUUUGUUAUCAUUAUUUGGCACUGGGAAUUUGAAAUAGAAAUUGAGUUUGCCUGCCAGUUUUCAAUUGUUUUUGAAUAUGUCAUGUUUGUAUUAUUAGAAGAGAUACAGUUUCCUUGGCGAACGCAGUCUGGGUAUAUUAAGCUUUCAAACUACUUUCAUGUGAAUUUAGCAAAUUGAAAGAACUGCUUUUAGUGUUGAUCGUACAAAGUAACAAAGAAUGGAGUUCGCAGAGUAUAUUUCGGUGCAUCAAGUUGAUAAUGUUCUGCUGACGGACAAAACUGAUGAGAAUAGAAAAGAAACAAGCUUAGAAGGUACACUUUGUAUCACUGGUCAUCACCUCAUCUUAUCAUCAAGGCAGGCAGAUCGUGAAGAACUCUGGCUAUUCUGUCGGAACAUCGAUAUCAUGGAGAAGAAAACACACAGUCAAAUUAUGGGAGGAACCAUCCUGUUGAAAUGCAAAGAUUUUCGCAUACUCCAGUUGGACAUAAGUUCCAGUGACGAUUUAAACAAUGUCGCACAAUCUUUAGAGAAAUUAUUGUCGUUGGGACAAACGUCGCAACACCCUUUUUCCUACAGACCUCAGAUUGCUAAUAAUUUAAAAGUACAAGUAGAAGAUGGUUGGUCUGCAUUUGUUCCGGUUUCCGAAUGGUCCAGACUAUUAGCUGCACAUGCAGAAGAAUGGCGAAUUAGUUAUUUAAAUCGAGAUUACAUUGUUUGUAGUUCAUAUCCGUCGAUAGUUAUUGUGCCUCGCCAUGUGGAAGAUAAUAUUAUAAUAGCAUCUGCUAGCUUCAGAGACGGCGGAAGAUUUCCCGUUCUUUGCUACAGACAUGAAGGAGGGAGUAUUUUAAUAAGAAGCAGCCAGCCGAUGUGUGGUGCAACCGGAAAAAGAUGUAAAGAAGAUGAAAGACUAUUGAAUGCCGUUUUAGGACCAGGAAGAAGGGGGUAUAUUGUUGAUACGCGGACUGUCACUCAAGCUCAAAGCGCAAGAGCCAGAGGUGGUGGAACGGAAAUAGAUGCAGCUUAUCCUCAAUGGCGAAAAGUACACAAGGCAGUUCCGCGUCCAAGCGAUUUAACAGAUAGCUUAAGUAAAUUAAUUGAAGCUUGCAAUGACACUGGAUGCUCCAGUUAUCAGUGGCUUUCAAGAUUAGAUGGUAGCGGCUGGUUAUCAGGAGUUCAAAGCGCUCUAAACGCUGCUUGUGUAGCUGCACAAUGUCUUCAUCAUGAAGUGGCAGCAGUUUUAGUUCACGGUUCUACUGGCCGCGACUCGACGUUAGUCGUAACGAGUUUAACACAGGUGAUAUUAAAUCCUGACUGUAGAACUGUACGAGGCUUGCAGGCGUUAAUAGAACGAGAAUGGCUCCAAGCUGGACAUCCGUUUUAUACUCGCACUCGUCACGGAGCGUAUUUUACUUCUCAUGGGCAGAACUCUCAACACGCUCCAACUUUUUUACUAUUCCUCGAUUGCCUUUUUCAACUUCACUACCAAUUUCAAUUCAGUUUUGAGUAUACUACUGAUCUACUCAUUGAACUUUUCAAGAACGCCUACUACUCUAACUAUGGUACCUUCCUAGGUGAUUCUGAAGUAGAGAGAGAUCGCCUGAGGCUUUCCAAGCGUACUAGCAGUCUUUGGUCGUAUAUAAAUCAACCGGAAGUCCUUGAAAAGUGGUUGAAUCCGCUUUACGAACCUAAUUCCGGGGUUAUCUGGCCUAGUAUAGCACCAGUCAGUAUUCAGCUCUGGAAAGAGUUAUACCUGGCUCACACAAAUGCGGCAUCUUGGACUGGUAUGCUGCAAUGUGCGACGGAAAUUAAGCAGAAUCACGCUGCGGUUCGAAAAAUAGCAGGACAGUUGCAGAAUCAGAUUAAGCGCACUUUGGAAGUGAUUAAGUCUGAUACAAAUGCAUCUGGCAAUUCAGAAAAUGAAGAAGAAUACACUCGACUAGGACAAUUGCAUCUGGAAUCUCAAAGCACUUGAUAGAAAUUAUUCUUAUUUCUGCGGAGCUGUUAAACAAUACUCCCAGAUGAACAGACUGUUGUAUAUUUAAUUAGGAAAAAGCUUACUAGCGUAGUUUCUUGACCAAAAUAUGAUUAAAAGCGUUUAUGAUACUCCUAUUUUAGUCAAGGGAUUUUACCGUUGCCAUACAUGUCUUCAUAAUACAUUAAUUUUUGUACCAUUUUUUGCUGAUACAUGUAAACUGAUAUUUAAAAAUUAGCUCUCUUAGUACACAUGUGUACAUCGAUUUAAAAAGACCCUUGUUGUCAACCCUUGUUAAGGGAUUAUAAACAUUUUUUAAAGUAAAGUUCGAAAAUGGCAAUUUUGUAUUUUGAAUUGGGACUCUAUCACGCGAAAUUGGUUGUAUUCUUUGUUUGAAGAAAAAAUAUGAUAUGUGCGCUUAUGGCAAUCAGUAGCUUUAAAUGAGUUUUUUUCUGGAAAACUCAGGACUUCCGAGUUACAAUUUCUAAACUGCGUUGGUGAAUUGUUUUUGAACCUUGAGAGUUAUUUUUAUCUUAAAAUACCAAAAUCCUAUUCGGGUAUGUAUAUGCACAUAUACGUAACUUCAUACCGACACUUUUCCAUUUUCACAUACACAUUUUUUAAAGGCUCAAAAAAAUAUAAUACGGUUCAUUAAUUGUUUCAUCAUACACACUACUUAAGAAUGCUUUGUGUAGAAAUACUCUUAGAGAGUUCGAAAAGAUUCUUUUUGACUUGAUAUAUAUGAAAGAGAAUUGAUUAACUUUGGAUGAUAGUAAUAUUUCACACAGUGAUCUGUAAUUGCUGAUAGUCUUUCGUGGCAUUUCACUCUCAUUAUAGACUCACGUAUAUUUCCAUAUUCAUCACAUUUUUUUGGCAUGUUUGUUUUUUAAACAUUAAAUCUGUACAUAUUAUAUAAGAAAACUUCACAAAUCGUGAUGAAAUACAGCUUAUUAUUAAUUACUAAUAAUUUAUGCCUAGUAAUUAUUAAUUUUAAAAUGAUUUUUUACAGCUUAAAUGCCCCUUGUUUGUACAGUAGAUACAUGAAGUACAUUUUUAGAAUAUAUAUCAGGGGUUUCCUGAUAAAAUUCUUAAAUUUUCGGCUCAUCGAAAUGUAUACUCAUCUAAAUGUAGGCUGCGCUGUAAGAAGCCCAAUAUAAAAGAUAUAAUUAUAAUUAUCAUAACAUGGUGGAAUUACACAGCCCACGUUUUAGUGCGCUAUUCAAAUCUUAUAAACAAAAUUGCUGGACUAGUGAAAACUUUCUUUUCUUAUAAAUCACUUUUUGAAUGUCUAACCAAUCGCAAGCUACGAACAACUUUACAAAUUCGCUUAGCCACUCUUUCACAUUUACAGAAUUGUCCUCACUUUUAAUCCGUUUAUGAUAAUUAAGAUGGGCGCCCAGUACGUCUACUCAUCGAAGCUGAGGGAAAAGAUGCUGUGGGUUAGCAUCUGAAGAAAACGAAAUUUUGUAAUCAAUUAAUAUCUUAUGUUCUCUUUUUUAUACACUCUCGCAUACUCUAUAUAAUCGCAUGGAUCUUGGCCGCUGUCAUAAGUUGCAUUAAAUAAUAAAAUGUUACCUACUGCGAUUCAAA